AUGUCCUUCCACGUCAAAAGAACAGAAACCAAGCAUCAAGACCCUCUAAAGCAAUAUCGUGGCAUUCGAUCUACAACCUGGGCUACACCAGCUCCUGGUAAAAGCGUCCGCGAGAUCCAAAUCACACAUACGCCGACUGCGUUGCAGAAGAUUCCGGACAAUCUCAAUUACUUGACUCCGCCACCACACUGGCAUUGGUAUCAAGAUGAAUACUUCCACAUCAAAGAAGGCCGCUACAUCUUCACCCUCGAAGGCAUAACAACCACCCUCUCCGCCACCUCCCCUCAACCCAUCCACAUCCCCGCGCGCGCCCGGCACACCUUCAAAGUGGAUCCCACCCACUCCGGCCCCUGUACCAUCGAAAUCUCCACCACCAUUUCCCCACGCGGCGCGGACGACAGAUUCUUCCGCAACAUCUACUCCUACCUCGACGACUGCUAUGUGCAGAAUCUAUCGCCGAGUCUGCCGCAGUUGCUGUUGAUGCUGGAUGCGGCGGAGAUUAGUAUGGCGUUUCCCGGACCGGGGUGGAUUGCUCGGCCGGCGAGUUGGGUUUUUGGGGUCUUGGUGGGCAGGUGGCUGGGUGGGUUGUUGGGUUGUAGGGCUAGUUAUGAGGAGUAUUGGAGUGAGGAGGGGAGGAAGACGAAGUGA